GAUAAAUACAAAGCCAUGAGCAGAGACCCGUGUAUCAGCCAGUUAGGGUUUUAGGAUAAGAUCAGCCAUGCUUCAACUCUGCUUCAAUCUCCCUCCUCAAUCCAAGCCACUGUUUAUUCCGCAUCAACAAGCAGUACCGGGUUGCUGUUUUAUCAACCCAGUACAAUUACAAUUCAAAUUCGGAUUAAACAAUGGCGUCACGAAGAUUUCAUCAACAAUACGUUGCCAGAAAUCGAGUGGCAGGAGGGCUGGAGGGGAUAAAAACAUGUUCGUAAAGCAGGUGGCGAAGCAAGGAGGCAAAAAGUCAGUUCUCGAAGGUCUAAUUACUGAAUCACUUCCCAAUGGCAUGUUCCGUGUGAACUUAGAUAAUGGAGAUUUGAUUCUUGGUUAUAUAUCUGGAAAGAUCCGAAAGAAUUUUAUACGUAUACUGCCGGGUGACAGAGUGAAGGUUGAAGUAAGUGGUUAUGAUUCAUCGAAGGGACGUAUAAUUUUCAGAUUGAGCAGUAAGGAUUAGAAUGAUUUCGUGGUUUCUUGGAACCAUAACCUGGCAUUUGUAAGGAUACAAUUCAAGGUUUAAAUUUUACAAGUGCCUUUGUUUCUUUCAGUUAAUAGGUUCUGAACUGUGCAAUACAUAAUGUAAAAAUCACAGUUGUAUAGGGCAUUCGAGCGCAAAAAAAUUUUAAUCGAGUCAAAAUUGUUUUCUGUGACCUUGGUGUUGAAAUAGGAAGGUAUUAUUUCUUGCUGUGUGGAAGAAAAAUUAUCCGUGAUUCUCUUUUUCCUAGCUGAAGUUAGUAAUCUAGUGGAUAUUCAGACUGCA